CUUCCCCUCCCUCUCCUUAGUAUUAUCUUUCCCAUGUCAAAAAUCACCUUUCAGCAGUCUUUUCACCACUUUUUUUCCGGGGAAGGAGAUUUCUGGGCUGCCGUACCCGGUACGAGUUUCGAUGAUUCUACGAUUGAUGAUCUUUUGUCGGUUCGUGGCGGUCCAUCACACGGGGUUUAGUGGGAUUUUUACUGGAACGGUAAGGCCCGCUGCGAAAUGGCGGGACAAGUAAGCUCGUCCGGCUUCCCUAGUUCACGUUCUAUUUUCGGUAUGAUAGCAAGAAGUUGAGGAUCUUUCUUCUUUCUUUCUUUCUCCAAGAGCUUGAUGUGAUCAAGUUGGGCUCGAAAGGUGUAAUUACCAAUAGAGUCGUGUGUUUGAGCUCGGGAGUGUAUCAUAUGUUAUCACCCGGCAAGUGACAGUUUAUUAUACAACGCAUUGGGUUUCGGAACUGGUAGCGAUGAGAAACCCGGGAAUCGAGAUGGUGGAAUUGCUCGCUUGACUACAGCACUGCACAUAUUGUACUGUACUGUACCUUGCUAUAUACCCCCGGAUGGCCAUUAUGGAGUUGGCCCAAGUCGUACUCGUAGUCUCCCAGACAAGCCUCCAAACUCGACAAGCAUCUGGUACCGUAUCCGGCUUCUCACGAAGUAGUGAAGACCUGAAAAUUAGGGGAUCUAUGGGGAGGAGGCUAGGAAGGUAUGAAGUAAAAAUGGCGGGAAAGGGUCCUUUAUCUACCCCUUCCCUAUGGCAUAUACACAGCUCUUACGUUUUCCUGCACCCAGAGCAAGCAAGCGCAAAUACAGCCUGCCCACCCAAGUCCACCCUUUACCCAAGAGGGUGAAGCAAACCUACCCCAUUUACUCCUCAUCCUCGAAUGCAAAAGACUUCCCCAUCUCCAACCCAAGCGGCAAUACCCCCGCACCUCACCUCACCUCACUCCGUACCCCCGCAGAACAAUCAAGAAUGCGUCAAAUCACAUCCCGAAUCCACCAUCUCCAAAAACAGAGUGCCCCAGAGUCGCAUGUUGGGGCGCUGCAUCCCUAUAUUUGGCGUCCGAGCGAGGAAGAAGUGACGCUGGAAAGCUACCGCUACCCGAUCCGCUCAAAUGGCGCGUUCCAGAGUUGGGAGAUCCUCCGAGCAACAGAAUAGCGGCCGAUUCAUGGACGAGGCGAGACCUGCCCGCAACAUCAUACAACUCCUCCACCACCACCACCCCGCUUCCGCCGCGACAGAAUUCCCAACCCGAAGGAAUCCUCAGCGUCUAUCGAGGAAUUGCCAAGGCACUCGCCGCACCAGCAAAACCAGCCAUGCAAACUGCCAUACCACAACCACCACCACCACAAGUGAUCCUCCUCGCGCCAACAUCCCCAGCCAACCAAUGCGCAACUAGACACUCCAACCCGGAAAACCAAAAAAACGUGUGCGUACCCCUUCGCCCACCCGGCCGAGAAUUCGAAGUCGCCUCCAGGAGAGCUUAGAAAGCGGGACCCGACGAAGGACCGUUUGCAGAGAUCGGGGGAGCGAUGGGUACAGUAGGGAGGGUCGGGGCACGAGGCCCGUUUUGAAAGAAACGCUUUCUUUCGGGGGGAAUGAUGAGUAUUUAUGGUGAGCCCCUAGGAAAAGGAACCUGGGCGAUUUUGUUUUCAGGUCAUUUUCCCGGACACUUGUUUUUUUUUCUUCUUUCUACAUAUGGGUUGUAAAUGUUUCUCCGAGGGGUGAUAGGUCAUGACUUAUUCUCCUCGGAGCAUUUCUCCGGCCCGUUCAAAGUCUGCGUACUGUAAUUCGGGUGAGGCCCGAGCGCUGGAGGAGGGUUCCUUUUUUGAGAUUUCUUUCCCUUCCUUGACUUCUACUCUCUGGGGCGGCGGGGUGCCGGUUCUGGAACGGAGGUGCUGGUGCCGUUCAUGCUUGGAGUGCUUCCGGUGUAAUCAUAUGGUCUCACUCGGACGACGAGAGGGUUUCGACGGUAUUUUAUGGUGCGAUACAGUACAGUAUCUCACUAUAACUAACCAGACGUCCUUCCACACUCCAGUAUAGAACAAGAACUACUAGAUCUCAAUGGAGAUGUGCAGUGGGGAGGAUUCACGGGUGUCGUACAGCGGAGUGGAAUGAAUCUAUGUAUUCAAAUAGCACAAUUAACCCCCCCCCCAUCGUGGAUAAGAAUAUCCCGGG